UUUGAGCAGCUGUAUUUCCUGCUCGCCGUCUCCACUCGCAGCGAUGGCACAAGUGAGGACUUCCCUGAUUUUUGGAGCACUAGCGGCUUUCUUAAGUUCAAAGGCUCUUGCUUUUGUUGAAGAUCUAGAUGACACAUUUAAAGAUACCAGAGUGAAUGACAUCUGGCUGGUUGAUUUUUACGCGCCAUGGUGUGGCUACUGUAAAAAACUCGAGCCGGUCUGGCACGACGUGGGAGCGGAGCUGAAGAGCUCCGGGUCGCCGGUGCGUGUAGGAAAGAUGGAUGCCACUGCGUACUCGGGAAUGGCAUCAGAGUUUGGCGUCCGCGGCUACCCCACAAUAAAACUGUUAAAGGGGGAUCUCGCCUACAAUUACAAGGGACCAAGGACAAAAGAUGAUAUUGUGGAGUUUUCCAACAGGGUGGCGGGACCAGCCGUCCGGGCACUUCCCAGCAAGCAGAUGUUUGAACACAUGAUGAAACGACACGAUGUUCUCUUCGUGUAUGUCGGUGGAGAGUCUCCCCUUAAAGAGAAGUACAGCGACGUAGCUUCUGAGCUCAUUGUCUAUACAUAUUUCUUCUCAGCUCCAGAGGAAGCCUUGCCAGAGGCAGUGACUUUGUCUGAGCUUCCUGCAGUUGUCGUCUUCAAAGAUGGAGCCUACUUUACCUACGAUGAGUACGAGGAUGGCAGCUUGUCGUCGUGGGUGAACAAGGAGCGGUUCCAAGGAUACCUCCAGAUCGAUGGUUUUACGUUGUAUGAGCUCGGAGAAACAGGCAAGCUGGUGGCGAUCGCGGUCAUUGACGAGAAGGACCCCGCAGAGGAGAGUGGCAGAUUAAAGAGCUUGAUGCAGAAGGUGGCGAAGGAAUACAGAGAACAUUUUAACAGGAACUUCCAGUUCGGCCACAUGGAUGGGAGUGACUACAUUAACAGCCUCAUUAUGGGCGAGGUGAGCGUGCCCUCUGUCAUCAUCCUCAACACAUCCAACGAGCAGUACUUCCUGCCCAGUGAGCCGAUCGAGACCAUUGAGCAGCUGGUCCAAUUCAUCAACAGUGUUUUGAAUGGGUCUGCACAGGCCUACGGAGGUGACGGCAUCGUUCAGAGGAUCAAACGUGUGGCCUUUGACGCCAGAUCCACGAUUAUGUCUGUGUUUCGCAGCUCUCCACUGCUGGGCUGCUUCCUGUUCGGCCUACCGCUGGGCGUAAUUAGCCUGAUGUGCUACGGCAUCUGCACAGCGGAGUCGGAUGACGGCUCGGAUGACAUGGACGCGCUCAAGAGGGAGGGCCUCACUGAUGAGGAGGAAGAGGAGGAGGACGAGGAUGAUGAGAGGCAACGCGCCGCCGAGCUGGAGGGGCCCGACGAAGGAGAGGAGGAGGAGGAGGACGAGGAGGAGGAGGAGGAUGCUGGCGAGAAGGAUCCUGAAGAGAAGAAAACUGAUUAACAGAGGAGCAGCAGCCGGAUGUGAGGAUGAUAGUCCAACGCAGUGACGUGAAACUCAAAGACAUAUCUAUUUAAAACUGUUUGGCUUCUUUUGUUGUUUUUUUUUUUUUUUUUUUUUUUUUUUUAAAUCUCGCUUCCCAUUCAAAUCUCCUCUGACGCAACCCGUUCUCCCGUCUCUUGAGUUUGUGUAUCGUGUGUAAGGUUGGCUGCCUGACGAAAUCUCUUGCAUUAAAACUAACAGCCUUUUCAAUGAUGGAGUGUAAACAAUAUGGAUGAGAUGAAGGGAUGGCUGGAAGCCCCGGACACCAGCGUAUUGUUUCUGAUUCAGCCGUGUGAUGUGUGGCACUCUUCCACCUGUUACGUCAUUCUUUUGAAACCACUUGCAAGUCAAAGGCCCUUUUAUAUCCUUCUGACUCGCUGGUUUUCUUUCUAAUCUCCCAUUAUAUCCGACAAUAUUGGAAAGGGAUAAAUCAUGCCUUUAAAAGAUAAUAGAACAUGACCACGGUAAGUUGUUUUUGUUAAGGAUGUGUGCAGCGUGCACAAGGAAGUGCCCAAGCAGGAAGAUCUGCCAUAAAUGAAAUGUUUUUUUUGUUGUUUUUUUUUUUCCUUCUAUCAUAUGUUAUUGCCUGGAAUGUUUUCCUUCUUUUUGUUCUUCAAGAUGUGCAAAGUGCCGACACGGUUAUGCAUCUCGACUUAACUGUCUGUUUGUGUUGAAAGAUGAUGACAAGAGCUGGAAUGGUAAUUUGUAACACUCCUCAGAAAGCCAAAGUAUGUCUUCUUUUUUUUUUUUUCCCCUUUUUAACCCAAAAUUGACCAACCUGCUAAAAAAAUGUCUCGCCCAGAUGGUUCUGCCUGUCAAGGAAAAGCCAUAACACGCAUCAGUGGCUCCCGCCGUUCUUGACGACUCCAAUCCCUCAGAUGGACAGAAUCUGUCCGUUUCCAUAUUUCAUUUGGUGUUAUAUUGAAUUCACCUGGCAAGUUGAAGUUUACAUCGCACUGCAGUGAGCUGUACAUUGAGGAUAAAGAAUAUUGGGAUUUUUUUGUUGUUUUUUUUCCCCCUUCCCUGUUUUUGCCCUGUAUUGUCAGCUGCUCUCCAGGCGUAGAACUCCGUCUGCUCCGUUUCCCUUUCUUUUUGUGGCUUAAUUGUAUGUAAUUGCUGAAAUCUACUGGGGGGGUCUGGAUCCUUCUUUAAUUCACCAAGCCAAAUCUAUUUCAAGUGUAAUACCGUUUUAUUGAAAAACCCCACAUUAUUGGAGUCCAGUGAGGCGACUUGCUUCAUAAACCUUAACAGCUGUAAAAUAAGAUUCUGGCUCCUAAUUGUUGCAUUUAAAUAGCUUAAAUGACUCUUUUUCUACCACAGACUUGUGUAUAUUACUUUCUUUCCUUCUAGGAGAUGGAUAGGAAAGCUGAUACCACUCUAAUGUCUGUGUAUGACAAAUGUGAACGUUGAAACCUUUGAAUGAAGACUGGAAACAAGACGACGAGCCGCUUCCUGUCGGAUGGUAACAACGUCCCUGAUAACCAUCAGAAUCUCCAUGUGCUUUAUUAGAUAAGAUAUUAUACCCACUUAGCCACCUGAACAUGAGCACACCAGUCGUUUUUAAGUCAGAGGUCAUCUGUAAUUACUACUGUGAAAAUGCACUGCCCCCGCCUUGCCUUCUGGUCUUUGUAGUUGCCUGCGAUUCUCUGCCAAACUUCCUCUUUAGGUUUGAAUUGAGAUUGUCAUACUUUUACAGGUUUGAACAAUUGAAAUAAAGUUUGUCCUUUUUUUUUUU